UGUCAACACCUAAGCUUUUCCUGAAAAUGGCUGCCAGAUUCGCUCCUUAAAAUGUCUGUCAGUUUCCUCUCUCAAUCGCGCCUCAAUUCCCGCUGCUUUGAGGAGAGGCGAGGCGAGACUGUCUCAUUUCCAUCUGUUUGUGAGUUUUUUUAUACCCUUUUUACCGCUCUUCGACUUUGAAUCAAAGCGCGGCACAAAUUUGCAUGACAGUUAAAGGUACUGUUACUUAAUCGGCAACGGUGCUACGUUUUGAAGCCAGAUUGAUUGCUCCAUCACGUAGUUCGAAAAAGGAGGGGAAACAGUCGGAAAAGAGAUGCCGAAGAAAAAAGAGGUGCUCAAUCAAAUUGGCAGCGAUGUGCGUCGACUGUUUUAACUGUUGGUUGGUUUGAACUCUGGUCGGAUUAAUUUUUGGUAUUUGUUGGAAUUAGCUUUGCCUCUUUAUCUACCUAUGAAUCUAUCUUUAUAAAUGUUUGUAUGUAUGGAGAUUUCCGCAAUUGUCGAAACAUAGAAAUUUAGCGCUACGAAAUUGAGUAAUGUGCAUAUAUUAAGUUUGUUGUUGUGCAUCUCAAUUGUGGAAAAUGGCAAGGAGAAGCUUGGAUGUAGAUGGGGGAAUUGGAUAUGGAGGUAGGGUAAGUAAAGUAAGAAAGAGAGGAUGCUUAUCGUCAACAUCUUCAUCUACAUUAGGGCAGAAUUACAGGUUAAAGAGGGCAUUGCUGGUUGGGAAAAGAGGGGGAUCUACAACUCCAGUUCCUCAGUGGAAAAUGAUGAAUUCAGAAUCUUCAUCACCAGAAAAUGACAAAGCAUUCAAGUAUCUGGCAGGGAGGAAAGUUGAGAAGGUGAAGGAGCUGCCGGUGUCGGCCCGAAAACUGGCUGCCAUUCUGUGGGAGAUUAAUAGGGUACCCUCACCCAGAUCGAAAAGGAGCAUUUUGGAGGACAAGGCAAGUGAAGUUGGAAGUGUUGGAAAAAAUACUGUUGCAGAGACAUCCAAAUUGAGUUCUGAGGGAACAAAACAACACAAACCUGCCAAACGGACAAACAGAAUCCCGGCGAGUUGUCAAGAAUUGAAAUCUGGUUGUAACUUGGCAGGUGCUGCUUCUCUUCAAAAUGAUAUUAUGCAGGUUUGUGAGACGAAAAACAAUGUCUGGAAACACUGUACACACGUACUUGGACUAAAGAAUCCUCUCAAGGAUGUAUAUGAUGGUCUUGUAACCUCUAAAGAACUGCUUAAAGUAAUCUUUAAUCGCAUCAGGCGAAUUGACCGAGCAAAAUCUACAAGCUUAUCCCUUGUUUCGAUCGUGGAGUUUGAGCUUGACAGGGCAUGUACUCGUAUCUAUAAACUAAUCCAAGGUCAUAUGGCAAACAAGAACAGGGCAGAGCUUUUGUUGAAGCAUUUUAGGGAUGAGAAAUUGGUUUUGGGAGGUAAAGAACAAGAGAGGAUAAUACACUGUGUCAUUAACUCCUUAGUUGGAGAUCUCGAGAUGCAAAAGAAGCUGAGGCGAAAAACAGAUAAACUGAGUGAGAAACUCAGGAAAGAGUUAUUGCAGACGAAAGCAUCGUUGGUAACAGCAAACAAGGCCCUCAAAAGUGAGAAAAAAGCCCGAGAAAUGGUGGAGCUUGUAUGCGAAGAGUUGGCCCGAGGCGUAGGGGAAGACAGGGCCAAAGUGGAGGAGCUAAAGAAUCAAUCAGCUAAACUUCGGGAAGAGGUGGAGAAAGAGAGCGAGAUGCUUCAGUUAGCAGACAUGCUACGCGAGGAAAGAGUUCAGAUGAAGCUUUUGGAGGCUAAAUACAUGUUCGAGGAGAAAAAUGCGCUCGUAGAUGAAUUAAGGAACAAACUUGAGGCCUAUUUGAAAUCAAGAACCGAUGAAAAACAAGGAAAUGGCUCGCCGAGGUACCAGAAAAUUAAGGUGCUCGAAAAGUAUUUGAAGGAAACAUUUCCAGGAUCAGACUGUCAACAAGAUGAAGAAAAAGACCAUAUCGAAACCAUGAAAAACAAGGAAGAAGAAGAUUCAGGCGACAGCGAUCUCUGCUCCAUUGAACUAAACAUGGACGAUCACAGCAAGAGCUUUGUAUGGGGUGAGGCAGUGAAGAAUGAAUCGAAGAGGAAAAUGGUCGACAAAAGUAACGGAAGGAAUCCCAUUCCGGAGAAGAACCAAACAAACUACGGCGACACCAUUUCCUGGGAAUUCAAGACAACCUCCGAAAACAAUGGAUUGCAUGGAUUCACAUCACAUGGUUGUGUGAAGGAUGUUGAGGAUGAAAUGAAGAGGUACAGAAUGAUCAAAGAUCUUAGAGACAACAUCGUCUCUGGCUCCCGGACUGCAUCCUCUCAAGAUAUGUCGAGUCCCGGCCAGAACCUUGGCCAGCCAGCCUCCCAAGGAUCGUGAUGCCCGUCCCCCCAACGACAUCGUAUAGGGACAUAUAUGGUAGUGUGAAGUGUAGAAGAAUGCUGUGUGUUUUAUGGCAAAUUCAGAGAUGCACAAAACAGUGCAUAUAUAUAUAUAUAUAUAUUGAUUCAUUCAGGUAUGUUUGUUUCUAUAAGUGUGUGUGUUUUAUUUAAAAAGUUUGGUGCUUAGUUAUUUAUAUUUGUGUUUUGAAUUUAAAAAGUUGUUGAUUAAUAACCAGUAGUAUUGAUCUAUAAUAAAUAA